AGACAAAUCCACCACAUACAUCAUUAUAUCAAGGCUCAAUCAAAUGGGAUAAAUUUUCUGAAAUUAUGCAAAAUACAACCUAUCUUAAUGUUUCUCUUAAAAAUAAGAAGGAUAUAGAAAACGCUGCUCGAGAUCUUGUAACUUCAAUAUAA